AUGAUGAACGCUGCUUGCGAACAACUUUAUUUAAAAUUAUUUAAACAAAUACUCGAUCAGCUUUACAUGGAUUAUAACGAUUAUUUAAUAUUAUUGAAAAAUAAAUUAAAAUGGUUUACAAAUAUUACACCAGAUCGUGUUGAAGUUUUUUCAAUUGAUGAUGCUACAAAUUUAGGUGCAAUUAUUCCAAAUUUAAAUCACCCUGAAUUAUUACUUAGUGACUUUGAAUUGUUGCGUAAUGAUAUUAAACAAUGCAAUGAUAUGAAUACAGUUGUGGAUAUGUUAAAAAAUCGACAGAAUAUUUAUCCACGUCUUGCUGCUGUUUAUAAUUUUUUAUUAUCAUUAUCAAUAACGCUUGCAACAAAUGAAAGUGCUUUCAGCAAGAUGAACUCAAUCAAAAACUAUUUGCAUACAACACUUAGCAAUAAAAAAUUUGCAAGUUUAAUGAUAUGUUCAGUGGAAAACGAUAUGCUUGAUAAAGUCAAUUUGAAAUGUAUUGCACAUGAGUCAUGA